GACAGCAUAUAAUUCCAGAGAGAGAGAGAGACUCCGUGAUCGAGCGGCGAAGAUAGGAAAGGCAAGCGAGAGAGUCCUUGCGGGGCUGGGUGGUCGCUUGAAGCUCCGAACUUUGCGUCUUUGCUCUUUCCUUUGUCUUUUCUUUCUCAUUUCCCCCAUUUUCUCCACUGUGUUUUUCUUCUCUUUGACCUUGCUGUUGCUGCCUGAAAAUGAGAGAGUGUGUUUCAGGAGCAAGCAUUCUCUUGCUCAAAGACUGAACUUGGUGGCUUCUGAAGGUGGUCUUCCAUCUGGGCUCUAAUGGCGGCCUCCUCCUCCUCUAAUUCUGUGAGCUUGUUGCGUGUUUUCGUUCCCAUUUUGGUUUGUCUCUUGUUCUGUGCCGUUCUGAAGCAGAUCUCCGGUCCUUGACCCUUAAGAUCUGAAGUCGACCCUGUUCGCUUGGAUGUAUAAUUUGACAUUCUUCACCAACAUGGGAACAAAAAGUUGUUGGAGAGGAGUUGAGUUCCAAAGAUCCCUAGAAGCGUUUAGAUAGAAGAUCAGAGCAAGAGUCCUUUUAUGUAGGUAAAACUCCUUGACUGCGAUUUUGUUUUUUUACCCAAGAUAAGAAUGAAACUGGGAUCCAAGAAAGCGUGGAAAUCAGUGGUUCCCCGUCGUUUGAGAGGCAAAUCAGCAACUCGUUUUUGCUUCCUUCCCAAGGCAAAGUCAGUUGAAUGUGGUCCAGGCCGUGCACCAGUUUAUCUCAAUGUGUAUGAUCUGACCCCAAUUAAUGGAUAUGUUUACUGGGCUGGACUUGGCAUCUUUCAUUCUGGUGUAGAGGUUCAUGGUGUAGAAUAUGCAUUUGGAGCCCAUGACUAUCCAAGCAGUGGCGUAUUUGAGGUUGAACCUCGGCAGUGCCCUGGCUUCAAGUUUAGAAAAUCGAUAUUCAUUGGGACCACCUCCUUGGACCCUACUCAGGUUAGGGAGUUUAUGGAAAACCAUGCCGCAAGCUACAAUGGUGAUUCAUAUCACUUGAUAUUUAAGAAUUGCAACCACUUCUGCAAGGAUGUUUGUUACAAGCUGACAGGGAAACCGAUUCCAAAGUGGGUCAAUCGACUUGCGACAAUAGGUUCUGCCUGCAACUGCUUCCUUCCCGAAACCCUUAAGAUCACUGCAGUACGUCAUGAACCUAACUGCCAACCAUGCGAAAGUGAGAAGCGGAGGUUAACAAACAACUUCAGUUGCCUGUCUUCUAUAUCAAUGAGGCAGAAGCAGUUAUCUACAUCCUCAUUAUUCCUUCGUUCUCCCCUGAGAGGCUGUCUACCGCCUUGGGAACUCAAAAGGUCUAACAAUGGCUCCUUGAAGGAAAGAUGAGAAAAUGCCCAGAGUGAAACUACAUCACAAGCGAUCAUGGAGCGCUGGGACAUUCAGUUUCAGUUUUGUGUAUAAAGCUUAAGCACCAUGGCUUCUCACGUUUGCUUAUGCUGUGCUGGUUAGAAAAGAAGCUCGUUGCCAAUUGCAAGACAUGUUUAUGAAACCCCUAAUUCUCUGCAGAAGGCAAGCAUGUGAACUGAGAGAGAGUAAUCUGUAUACAAUUAGGGACUUUAUGUAUGAGUGGUGUGCUUGUUCCCUAGGUUUUCUGUACCAGCUCUUGAAAAGUAUCUGCCAACGGACUCUGUCCGAUGGAAUGAGAAAGGAUUCUGCCCGUUCAUCUUGUAAUGUGUUUACUCUCUCUUUACCUUCGUGGUUGUUCAAUCGUCUUGACUCUCGAAUGAAGAAAUUCUGCAUUUAUUCUCUCA